GGUCCAAGGGCGUGUGUGGCACGUACGUUUGAUUGCGGUUGGUUAAGGCGCUAGUGGAUUUAGAAGGUCCAAAUAGCGAUCGGAAACGGUUGGGUAGGGUAUUGAGCGAGAAACGUACGCCCAAAUCACGCCCUCCGAUCACCUCUCUCAACCCAAGCUUGUAGUAGACAUAUGCUCCAGGGAUAGUUGUAGCAGGCAGCAGUCAAGCGACCUGCCUAUCGAUCGCUUCGAUCAGCUUUGAAUCAGACUUCGUGCCUCCAUAAGGAUAAUUUAGUCGCAGGUUUAUACAUGUGUACUCUGGGAGUAAGUUAAUGCAAGCGAAAGCGCUUUCUCAGUGGGCGACAAUGCUGAGACGUCCUGGUAGCUCCGGUAAUUUGUGGUAGCGUGCGGUAGUGGGUGGUAGUGUGGCGAUCGGUGGUGGUAAUCCGUGGCUAUGAGGUCCUCGUCGUCCUUCCUCCCAUUGCGCCAUGGCGUGCCGCAUCGACCGCAGCAGCAGCAGCGGUCCAAUCCGCUCUCCCAGAUCCACCUCUACCUUUUGUCUCGACUCAAUGGUCUCCUCGUACCUCAUCAUCCGCAGCAGCAGCAACGGUCCAAUCCCAAUCCGAUCUCACAGCUUCACAGCUUCUUCCUGGUCGCAGCCGUUACCUGCAGCGUAGCGUACCUCUCCGCCUACUCGCUCCGCUCGUCCGCAUUCACGAAUUUCGCACCUCAGCCGCGUCCAGGCGGCCUUCCAGAAGAAUCGGGAGGUUUUAAAAAUCCGGAGUCAUCCCCGUUAGUGCGACAAUCGCGUCUGCCUCCAGAGUCCGACUCAGUGACACCUUCUGUCUCCUCUCUGGUUUCAAUCCCAACGCUUUCUUCCGCCGCUUCGGCCUCCGUUCCGCUCUCCUCUGAGGAAUCCUCGGGAACGUCAGAAGUUCAUCGCUCCGGUGAUCCCGUUUCGGAUCGGACGGUCGGUGGUUCGGUCGGUCCACGUCAGCCAAGUGACGAGAGUGGGGUCAAUCGAGCCGGCGUCGCUCUAAAGGCUCGUCAAACGGAUUCCGUUAGGCCCGAUAUAAGCGCCUCGGUCCAACUACAGGAGAUUGUCAGUCCGAGGCUACUAAAUUCCUCCCCUGCUGACUCUCCUUCCAAGCCUGAAACCGGACCAGACUCCGACCCAUCACUUCCGAACCAGACCCCAGACAAAGACCAGCCGGACAGACAGGUUCGGGAUGACCAACGACCCUCAGAUGACACGUGUUCCCCUCCCAUUGGCGUCAAGCUCCCUCCGUCUCCAUCAACCUCACCCGAGCCUGUUACUGUAGCACCGGAGUGGAUCCCACUACCCAAGCGGUACCUUAUGGUGUCAUGCACCAACGGCGGGAGCACGAAUCGCCUCCUGUGCCUUCAGACCACCAUCUUGGCUGCGAUACUCCUCAACCGCACGCUGCUCAUUCCGGAGGUUCCCCUCUGCAUCCCUCGCUCUCUUGGCCGACCGGUGGUCUAUUCCGAAACCCUAGACAUUGGCUACCUGUCCCGGUGCUUCGGCGACGAGCCAAAGCCAGAGCAGCCAGGUCCGGAAGCAGGUUCGGAAGCGGGUUCGAAAGGAGGCUCGGCGGAGCAUGUCUUGGCACCUCGUAGAGUCAUGACGACUUCGGAGCUGUUGAAGCUAAGAGGCGGAGGUGGUGGAGCUGAAUUAGUAGUCGAUAAAUUCCUCUGUGGUCAGGUGCAGUACAGCUGCACCCUGGUUGAUGGCAGCUGCGGUGACGUUCCCACUGAAAUAAAGCUUUCAAAGAAAGAGGUUGUGGGGGAGGAGAGCAGCAAUAUUUAUGACCUGGCUCCUAAGAUUGCAGCUGCAACGGCCAACGUUCCUGUCCUUGCUCUUGGCGACCUCUAUUUCGCGUUCUUCAAGCUCGGAGACCCCGGUUCAGAAUUCUUCUGGCCGAGCCGAUUCUUCAAUACCCAGUGUGGGCUGCUUUUCCUGCCUCCCCAGCCUGUGCUUGAACAAGCAGCAGGGUUCAUACAGGAGUAUAUUGGGAGGAACUAUGCUUCCCUACACCUCCGUCGGACGGAUUUUCUUGGGCAUAGCCAUUGGUUGAGCGAUGUACAGUACUGGUCGUUACAGGCUGUGGCGGAGUGUACUGCAGCGAAGAUGCUGCAGGUAAAUGUGACAAAUCUGUUCGUGUCCUCAGAUGCUUCUGAUGAGGAGGUGGGUGUGUUCACGGAUCUGCUGAUGUCCCAAGCAUCGUUGGCAAGGGCACGGGGGGAGCCAUGGUCAGUUGUGGUUGUCAGAUUGCCAAAGGAGCCGGUUCAGGAGCCAGCUCAGCGAGCUAUGGUGGAUAAGCUAGUGGCAGCUCAUGCAGUGGUUACGAUGUUUACCCAUCGGUCAACUUUCUCACACCACAUUGGGUAUCUUAGGGAGGGCCUGGGCCUUGCAUCCUGUCAUGAUGGACACAUAUGCCAGGGUAGGCCUCGUGAAGCUGUGGGUAUUGAGUGGCAGCACUGAUUGUUUUGCAUUCGGUAUGUGGCAUUGUGUUAGGCUAUCAUAGAGCACCCCACUGUACGUAGCGGUACAUAAUUUUCCAUGCAUUAGUGAACAGAUCGGUAGAACUAAGGCGA